AUGUUACAACUUUUUGAGAAUCAACUGAAUGGCACUUUGCCAAAGAGUGUCGCGUUUCUCUCAAAUCUUGAGGAAUUAAACGUGCAUCAUAAUUCCUUAGCAGGCAUUAUUUCCGAAGUGAAUUUUGCCAAACUCUCAAAAUUGAAGAUAUUGUCUACGUCUUCAAACUCUCUCUUCUUUGAGGUGAGCUCCGAUUGGGUUCCUCCUUUUCAACUUCAUGAGCUUCUGAUGAGGUCCUGCAAGAUGGGUCCAGGGUUUCCUGCAUGGCUACAAGCACAAACAUCUUUGUAUGCAUUAGACAUUUCUCAGCCCGGGAUUUCAGGCAAAGCUCCAGAAUGGUUGUGGAAGUGGGUGUCGGGUUUUGAAUAUAUCAAUCUCUCUGACAACCAGAUAAAUGGAGACAUAUCGAACGUUUUGCUGAAUUCUAGUUUUAUCGAAAUGAGUUCUAAUCGCUUCGGGAGUCAGUUACCACGUUUGUCUCCACAUGUUGAAAUGUUGAAUCUUGCUAACAGUUCUAUCUUUGGACCCAUUUGCCCAGUCUUGUGCCAAGAGAUUACUCGAGAAAGUAAGUUGAGGGUUCUUGAUCUAUCAAAUAAUUUACUAUCCGGAGGAAUUUCUUGCUGCUGGAUGCAUUUCCCAUACUUGGUCCGUGUAAAUUUGGGGCGGAACAACCUGUCAGGUAAAAUUCCUAACUCAAUAGGUUCAUUAAGUGCACUCGAGUCAUUGCAACUGCAUAAUAACAAAUUCUUUGGAAAAAUAGCUUUGACAUUGCAAAAUUGCACCCUUUUAGUGCUCAUUGAUUUCAGUAAAAAUGAAUUUACUGGACUCAUUCCGACCUGGAUUGGAGAAAUGAUAAAUCUUCGUGUUCUCCAGUAA